AUGCCAAGGCAAAAGAAAACAUGCAUUAAUAAAAAUCAUUCAAAAGUUACUAAUAUUAAACCUAGAACUAGAAAUUUAAUUAAGUGUAAAUGCUUAUUGCAUUGUAAUGAGUCACCAUCGAUUAAAGAAAGAGAAAAAAAAAUAGUAGUUGAAGCGGUUGAAGAAGAUCGAAAUUCACUAAAUAAUUCUUUCAGUGAUAGUGAAUCAAUUUUAGAACAAGUUUCAAUAGAAGAAAGUUCUGAUGAAGAAUGUUUUGAGAUACCACCAGGUGAUGAAGAAAGUUCUUCUACUAAUGAUGUUCGAGAUUUAAGCGAAGAUGAUCUUUCGUUCGAGCAAUUUAUCGCUCCUGAUCUGGAUGAUCUUGAAUUUGAACCAGAUCACGAAUAUCCUAGCACUAACAUUAACUUUGAUGAUUCAUGA